AUGGAAGUUGCACAAAGAGUAGUCAGAUAUGUGAAAAAUCAGCAUGGACAAGGCAUACUUUUAUCUACUAAGAAGAAGAACAUCAUCACACCCUAUUGUGAUGCUGACUGGACAGCUUAUCCUCUCGCUAGAAAUUCAGUAACUGGCUUCUUCAUUAUAUAUGGUGACUCAUUAGUGUCCUGGAAGUCUAAGAAGCAGAGCACUAUCUCUAGGAAUUCUACAGAAUCAGAAUACAGAAGCAUUGCAUCAACUGUGGCAGAGUUAGUUUGGAUAUUUGGAUUGUUCAAAGAUAUUAGAGUGUCAGUUCAUCUUCCUGUGAACAUUUACACAAACAACAAGACAACAAUUCAAAUAACUGCAAAUCUAGUAUUCCAUGAACGUACCAAACACAUUUGA